AUGGCAUCCAAAGCACCAAACGUUUAUUCAACAAGGAGCUGUCAAUGUUGCCCAAAUGUCGAUACGGAUGAUAUGGUACAGUGUGAUUGCUGUGAUUCAUGGUUCCAUUUUACUUGUGUGGGUGUCAGAAGUUCUAUUUCAACGAGAGACUGGCAAUGCGAUAAAUGCAAAUAUACGCUACCGAAAAGUUCAUCGUUGGCUCAUCAAGACAAAGAAAAUCGCCCUCCGCAAAAGGUGAUGUGGCGAGAGACGAAAAGUUUUGAUUCAAUGUCAUCUGUUUCAUCCAAGAGAAGCAGAAAUUUGGCAUUACAAAGGUUGGAAGAAGACCGUGCAUUAAGUGAAAAACGUGAUCGUGAAUAUUUACGACGAAAAUAUUCAAUUUUGGAGGACGACGAGUUAGAAGUACCACAAGGCGAAGAAAAGAUAAUAGACGAAUCGUCAUUUGAAAAUGUUUUGCGGUGGACAAAGGAUAUGCAUGAUUUAUCGAAGGAUUACACGAACAAGUUCACCAUGGAUGACGUUUCAAUUUCGUUGGGUGACCAUGAAUUGACCAAUAUAAAUCAACGUUUUGUUCCAUUGGCACAAUCUUCAGCAAAUGUUCGCCAACCGAAAUCAUCACAUACUGUACAACGAAAAACAAUGGGUCCAUUAUUGACAGACAAUCAACUAUCGACAUCGAAUCCACCAAUUGACAAAGCAAGAACAACAAUUGGAAAGCUUAGUGGUUCGUCGACUGAAGUGCUGUGUCAGUGCAGUAAUCCAUUUUGUGCCUUAAGUCAUCGUGCGUUUAAUACGACAGAGGUUUCACAUAGUAAACCAUUGCAGUCAAGAGUUAACGACAACGACUUGGAAACAACGUAUUCUGUUGUCACUGAUAAUAAUGAACCGAUAAUUGGAGGAGUGCGGAGAAAACAAAAGCGUCCAAAUCUCAUCCAACCAUCGAAAUUACAUCUCGCUGAUCCGACGAUUCGUCAGUCCGUGUUUUGUUUUGGAAAAGAAAAUCAAUUGCCGUCAACGAAUUCGUGUGUCAUCAAGAAAGCGGAUGAAAGUAGAAAUAAUCGAUUUUCCACUGGGUUCAAAUUCACCAACGCACCACAGGAAUUUCGACCACAAAUUUUUUCACAUGAUGUCAAGCGUCCAAGAAUAGAUAACGACCGAUUUGGAUUUUCAAAAAGCAAAACAUCGAAGCCGUUUCUACCAUAUGUAGAUAAACAUCAUCAGUCAACUAGAACAUUCGAGCAUCCGAUUCGACAGUCCAAUUCGAAUGCAUCCGUACCAGCCGGAAACACACCAGCUGGAAACACACCAGCCGGCAACACAUUACCAGCAUCAGUAAAUUGUGCACCAAGUGAAAUGAACAGUUCUAAUCCAUCGAGAUAUCAAAAUAAUUCGUCGAUUAUCCCAUAUAGUGGACACCAGCCGAUUGAUUUUCGAAAGAUAUGUUUCACCCAUGUGGAGUUGACUGCAAACCAGAUAGCAUCAAGACACACCAUGAAUCGACGAUUGCCACAGUUUUUUGGAGAACCUACAAAAUGGCAAAUGUUUGAAAGUGCCUUUGUCUAUUCGACAAUGUCGUGCGGUUUGAUGAACCACGAAAAUUUGUCUCGGUUGACUGAUAGUCUACAAGGUGUUGCAAUGAAAGCAGUCAAAAGUCGACUUCUGCAUCCUGAUUCUGUACCUGGCGUCAUGGAAACACUCCGUCUCAUGUUUGGUCGACCGGAGUUGAUCAUUCAAUCACUUUUGGAGGAAAUUGACAGAACUACGGCACCGAAAUCUGACGAUUUGAAAUCGUUGAUAAUGUUUUCGAUUUCCGUAAAAAAUUUGUGUGCGACUAUUGAAUCGUUUGGUGCGGUUGAACAUUUACGGAAUCCAAAUUUAAUGAGAACCUUAACAGACAAGUUGCCAUCACAAAUUCAGCUAAAUUGGGCAUUCUACAAACAUCAAGUCCGUGAUGUGAACGUUGCGAUUUUUGGUAAUUGGCUGUAUGAGUUGGCGACUGUUGCUAGCGAUGUUGUCACCGUCGAUACAUCGGCGGAGGUUAAGAAUGCUCGCAAAGAAAUUGAAUCCAAGAGUUCCAAAAAAGACAAUUAUGUUAACGUCCACAAUGGGGCAAAGACAGAGGCAAAAUCGCAAAAUUCUGCUGCAGUUUCCACAAAGAACUCCAAAGUAUGUCCAGCCUGUAAAAAGGACAUCUGCAAAGUUUUGGCAUAUUGCGAAACGUUUAAGAGACUAAAACGUCCCGACAAAUGGAAAUUAGUGAAAAGCAACAAUUUGUGUGGCUGUUGUCUUGGAAAUCAUCGAUAUUUUAACUGUCAACAAAAAAUUCUUUGUGGCGUUGCUGGUUGCAGCCUUUUUCAUCAUGUGUUAUUGCAUAACGAUUCGAAAACAGACGAGUCCGAGAAGCAGGUUUCCAACAUCAAUGCUACCAAUAAAACUUGCAAUUCCAUGGCAUCAUCAGUGUUAAAGUUUCCGGAAAUAUUUCGAAUCGUUCCGGUGAACUUAUUUUUCAAUGGCGUAUCGACAAGAAUCUUCGUUUAUUUCGAUGAUGGGUCGAAUUUGACAACUAUGGACCGAACGUUGGCUCAAAAAAUUGGUUUACACGGAUCCCAGGAAAGUUUAUGCGUGAAAUGGUCAUUUGGUGACUCUCAAGUCGAAUCAGAUUCUCGCAUAGUUUCUGUUCAAAUAAGUGGAAUUUAUGAUGGCGCAGAGGAAUUUACUCUUGAUGAUGUUCGAACAGUGAACAAAUUGCAAUUGCCAUCGCAGUCUAUUACGAAGAAUUGGCUCAGCAAAUUUCCACAUUUCAAGAACCUUCCAAUUACGCCGUACAGGAAUGCCGUACCGCAAAUGAUCAUUGGAUUGAAUUAUUCGAGAUUAAUGGUGUCACUUGAGACGAUUGAAGGAAAUUGGAAUCAACCAAUCGCCUGUAGAACGCGGCUUGGUUGGGUCGUUCAAGGCCCGAAUGAUGAGAUGAUUUCAUCAGGAAUUUCGACUAAAAUUAGCUUGAACAUGUGUGUAUGUCAAUCAUCCGACAACAAUCUUCAUCAAUUGGUCAAAGAAUAUUUUUCACUUGAAUCGUUUGAUGUGAAAAUACCUGAUCGUGUCGUGGGGUCCAAAGAAUUGAUAAGAGCUUACGACAUUUUGGAAAAGUCAACGAUAAAGAAAGACAAUCACUACGAAGCCUCAUUACUCUGGCGUAAGGAUGACGUCACAUUGCCCAAUAGUUACGACAUGGCUAAACGACGAUUAGAAUGUGUCGAGUCAAAAAUGAGAAAAGAUCCGCAUCUGGCCAAAAGAAUUUGCGAUUACUUCAAGGACUUUAUCAACAAAGAUUAUAUUCGCAAGCUGAGUUACGAAGAACGUCAGAAACAUGGGCCACGAACCUGGUAUUUGCCGGUUUUUCCUGUCUUCAACCCAAAAAAACCAGAAAAAUUACGUUUGGUUUGGGACGGUGCUGCAAAGGUCAAAGGGGUUUCUCUCAAUUCUGAAUUGUUGGCUGGACCCGAUCAAUUGGUACCUCUUACAGACAUUUUACGACGUUUUCGGGAGGCUUGUAUUGGAUUGAGCACUGACAUCAUUGAGAUGUUUCACCGGAUCUAUGUGAACAACGAGGAUCAAGAUUCACAACGUUUUCUUUGGCGUGACGGAAAUGCUAAUAAGGAACCAGAAGUAUUUGUCGUAAACGUUUUGACAUUUGGCUCAAAUUGUUCCCCGGCUGUUGCUCAGUUUGUCAAGAACAAAAAUGCAAAAGAAUUUGAACGAGAGUUUCCGAAGGCAGUAGAGGCGAUUACAAAAAACCACUACGUCGAUGAUAUGAUUGAACGUGCCCAUGAUGUCGACUCGGCUGUACAAUUGAUCAAGAAUGUGCAAUUCAUUCACCGACAUGCAAACUUUGAGCUGCGAAAUUUAAUUUCGAACAAUCAGCAAGUGCUAGAAGCUAUCAAUGGAAGCCCAGAAUUCAAUGACAAGAUUUUAGUGGACAAAUUGGACAUUGAUGUUGAACGAAUUCUUGGUAUGUACUGGAAUACGAAAACCGACACUUUUACUUAUUCUCUCCAGUUCAUAAAGCUGAAAAAUAUGACGGAAGAACAUUGUCCAACUAAACGCGAAGUGCUACGAGUCGUAAUGUCCGUAUUCGAUCCAUUGGGAUUUUUGGCUCAUUUAUUGAUACAUCCCAGAGUUUUGAUACAAGAAAUUUGGAGACACGAUAUCGGUUGGGACGUUCAACUACCACUUUCGCUCAAGUCAAGGUGGCUGGAAUGGGUUAAACAUCUGAUGCAAGUUGAACAUUUGCAUAUUCCUCGUUUGUACUCAACAAGGCUGUCACCGACUCGGCCAAAAUCAAUUCAACUUCACGUUUUCGUUGAUGCAAGUAUAGAAGCGUAUGCAACAGCAGCAUAUUUUCGUAUUGAAAACCAGGAUGGCGUCGACAGUUGCUUGGUUGGUGCUAAAUCAAGAGUUGCUCCGAACAGACCGAUGUCUAUUCCACGCUUGGAACUACAAGGUGCCGUGCUUGGUAAUCGUUUCGCCGAGAGUAUUUUGCAAAGUCAUUACAGUUUGGACUUCGAAAAAAUUAUAUUUUGGUGCGACUCAAAAACGGUUUUGUUCUGGUUGAAUACCGAACCACGCCGUUAUUCUCAAUUUGUGGCUUUUCGACUCGGCGAGAUAUUGGAUUCGAAAAUUAAUGCUCAAUGGCGCUGGAUUCCCUCCGAAUUUAAUGUUGCGGAUGAGGCAACAAAGACGGAGACAUUGCCCGAGUUAUCGUCGUCAUCUCGCUGGUUUGCUGGUCCUGAGUUUCUUCGAAAUCAAAAUCCGGAAUUUUCUUUCGAUUUGGAUGAGCCAGAUUUUACAACAGAGGAGGAAGUACGCCCAUUCUAUUUGCUGACACAUCUGCAUGUUCCAAUGAACACUUUGUUGGUUUAUGAAAAUUUUCCACACUGGAAUCGACUUCAUCGUACAAUGGCGUUUGUGUUGAGAUUUAUUCGCAAUUCUAAGCUACAACCUCAAGAACGUUCUUUCGGUGUUUUAGCCAGCAACGAAUUAUUGGCAGCCGAAAAUUGUUUGUAUCGCCAAAUUCAAUACGAAAGUUUCAAGGAAGAAAUUUUGAUCAUCCGUUGGAAUGAAACUGCACCUUUGGACAAACACAAGGAUUUUGACAACGCAAGCAUCAUUCGAACAUGUUCACCGUAUUUGGACAAAUUUGGUGUUUUGCGUGUAAUGAGUCGCCUCGAUAAUGCACAUUCGAUUUCUGAAACCGCUAGACGUCCGAUAAUUUUGGAUAGAAAUCAUUUUGUUACUCGUCUCAUUGUCGAUUCCUAUCAUCGAAAGUAUCGUCAUCUGCAUCAUCAAACCGUUCUCAAUGAAAUUCGUCAAAAAUUUUGGAUUCCGAAAUUACGAGUGGUGGUGAAUAGCAUUCGGGACAAUUGUCAAAAGUGCAAGAAUUCGGCAGCGAUACCACGAAUUCCGGAAAUGGGUUCAAUUCCAGAAGCUCGUUUGGCUGUUUUUACUCGUCCGUUUACUUUCACUGGAGUUGAUUAUUUUGGUCCACUUUAUGUCAUCGUCAAUCGUGGUACACAGAAACGAUGGGGAGCACUUUUCACUUGCAUGACGACACGGGCUAUUCAUUUAGAAAUUGCGCAUUCGAUGGAUACCAGCUCAUGCAUCAUGGCGAUACGCAAUUUCGAAGGACGUAAGGGUACUCCACGGAAGUACUUUUCGGAUCAUGGCACAAAUUUUCAUGGAGCAAACAACGUUUUUACCGCAGAAUUGGCUUUGGAAUUGGCCAAAUUGGAUUAUGAGAAAAUACGGGAGGAAUUUGUCACUUCCGAAACUUCUUGGUCUUUCAAUCCUCCCAAAGGUGCACACAUGGGCGGCGUUUGGGAACGCAUGGUUGGCAUUGUCAAAGUUUGUUUGGACGAAGUUUUAACCGUUCGUUACCCUACCGACGAAAUGCUAAAAAGUUUAUUUGUGGAGGUGGAACGCAUUGUGAACUCACGACCUUUAACAUACGUUUCAUUGGCACAUCCCGACGACGAGGUUUUAACGCCAAAUCAUUUUAUUUUUGGCUCAUCAAAUGGUACGAAGCCUCCUGGAGAAUUCAUUGAUGCAGAUUUGCUGCGACAGAAUUGGCGGACGAUACAAGCGAUGAGUGAAAAAUUUUGGCAGAAAUUUGUUGUCGAAUAUUUGCCGACUCUGAUGCGACGCACCAAAUGGUUUCGAAAGGUUGAACCAUUAAAAGUCCACGAUGUUGUCCUUUUGGUGGACUCGAGUUUUAAACGAAAUACAUGGCCGAAGGGAAUUGUUGUUGAAACUUUUAUGGACAAGAGUGGGCAAGUUCGAAAGGCUCGCGUUCGCACUGCUACUGGUACAAUAUUUGAACGUCCCGUUUCUCAUUUGGCCCGACUGGACGUUGAUGCUCCUACAUUGGUUAAGCCGGAUUCUUCGAACCAGUUAACGGGGGGGAGAAUGUCCGACAACACUGAUAACGAUUGCCCGAUUGGACGAAUUGCUUAG